AUGCGGUGUGGGAAUCGGUGUGGGAAUGUGGUGCAGGAGCUGCAAGAAUGUGGUGUGGGAGUGGGGUGUGGGAAUGUGGUACGGGAAUACGGCACGGGAAUGCGAUGCAAGGACACGGUGCAGGAGUGUGGUGUGGGACCUGGGAAGAGGGAACGCGGUGCGGGACCACGGAGAUGGCUGGUGGGACCAGAGAGCUCUAAAUCACCGCCUGCAUCCCGAGGGAACAGCACACUCAGCUGUGCCCAGUACCACGUGUGCCAUGAACCCUUUGCCAACGCUUCCUGUUCUUUCUUCUCUUGCAGGGCUGAAAAGACGGAGGUUUUGAGUGAAGAUCUCCUGCAGGUGGAGAAGCGGCUGGAGCUGGUGAAGCAGGUCUCCCACAGCACCCACAAGAAGCUGACAGCAUGUCUGCAGGGCCAGCAGGGGGUGGACGCCGACAAGCGCUCGAAGAAGCUGCCGCUGACGACGCUGGCGCAGUGCCUGAUGGAGGGGUCGGCUGUGCUGGGGGAUGACUCCCUGCUGGGGAAGAUGCUGCGGCUGUGCGGGGAGGCGGAGGACAAGCUGGCGCAGGAGCUCAUCCACUUCGAGCUGCAGGUGGAGAGGGACGUCAUCGAGCCCCUCUUCGUGCUGGCCGAGGUGGAAAUCCCAAAUAUCCAAAAACAGAGGAAGCACUUGGCGAAGCUCGUGCUGGACAUGGACUCCUCCAGGACACGGUGGCAGCAGUCUGUGAAGUCCUCGGGUUUGGCCAGCAACCUGCAGCCCACGGGGGCCAAAGCGGAUGCGCUCAGGGAGGAGAUGGAGGAGGCGGCCAACAGAGUGGAGAUUUGCAGGGACCAGCUCUCAGCUGACAUGUACAAUUUCGUGGCCAAAGAAGUCGACUAUGCAAACUAUUUCCAAACCCUGAUCGAGGUGCAGGCAGAGUUCCAUCGCAAAUCCCUAGCACUUUUGCAGAAUGUCCUGCCUCAAAUCAAAGCCCAGCAGGAGGCGUGGAUGGAGAAGCCCUCCUUCGGGAAGCCCUUGGAGGAGCAUCUGGCCGUCAGCGGGCGGGAGAUCGCCUUCCCCGUGGAGGCAUGUGUGACCAUGCUGCUGGAGUGUGGCAUGCAGGAGGAGGGUCUCUUCCGAGUGGCUCCCUCGGCCUCCAAGCUGAAGAAGCUCAAGGCUGCCCUGGACUGCUGCGUGGUGGACGUGCAGGAGUACUCAGCUGACCCACACGCCAUCGCAGGAGCACUCAAGUCCUACCUGCGAGAGCUGCCGGAGCCCCUCAUGACGUUCGAGCUGUACGAGGAGUGGAUCCAAGCCUCCAACAUCCCGGAGCAGGAGAAGCGGCUGCAGGCUCUGUGGAGCGCCUGCGAGAAGCUGCCCAAAGCCAACUACAACAACAUCAGGUACCUGAUUAAAUUCCUGGCCAAGCUAACUGAGUACCAGGACAUCAAUAAAAUGACGCCGAGCAACGUGGCCAUCGUGCUGGGACCCAACCUCCUCUGGCCGCAGGCGGACGGGAACAUGACGGAGAUGAUGACGACCGUCUCGCUGCAGAUCGUGGGCAUCAUCGAGCCACUCAUCCAGCACGCCGACUGGUUCUUCCCUGGAGACAUCGAGUUCAACGUGACGGGCAACUACGGCAGCCCCAUGCACGUCAACCACAACGCCAACUACAGCUCCAUGCCCUCCCCGGACAUGGACCACGGCGACCGCCGGCAGCACGACCAGGCGCGGCGGCCCCUCAGCGUGGCCACCGACAACAUGAUGCUGGAGUUUUACAAGAAGGAUGGCCUUAGGAAAAUCCAAAGCAUGGGCGUCAGGGUGAUGGACACCUCGUGGGUGGCUCGCCGAGGCACCCCGGGGGUGCGCAAGGCGUCCUCCACCCCACCGGCCGCGCAGCCCCCCGCGCCGCCCGCCGACCUCCCCACCACCCCCCACUCGCCCAUUCCCGAGCAAUCGCCAGAUGUUUCAGCCACCCCUUCCCCGCUUCUCACCAGCUUCGGCUUCCCCCCGGCAGCCGAGCGGACAAGGUCUGCUCCGUUUUGAGGUCCCCUCCCUCCACGUCCCCCCAGAUGCCACCUCGUGCCGGGACCCUCCGGAGCCAGCGCAGAGACUCUCGGGGCCGGGCCCGGCCACCCGGCAGGAGGAAGAGGAGGAAUCGGAGAGCACAGCCCUAUGACAGUGUCCCCUGUCCCCAAGCUCAUCCUUGCAGCCCCCCCCCCAGGGGCCAGCACCCGGCCACCGGCACCCGAGGGCCACCGGCACGCCAGUUUUGGGUGGCAAAGCGCCCGGUUUGGGGGCAGUCGCUGUUCUUUAGUUGGGAUUUUUUUUCGCCUUAUCCAGACUUUGCCUUUCGACCGGGUGCCUGCGCCCCCCCACCCCCGACCAUCCGCCCCCCCUUUUCCCCACACCCACGGGCCGGGGGCGAUGCCACCAUCUCGGUGCCACCGGUGUCACCGUCCGGGUGACGACGAGCUCGCCCCCGGGGCUUCGCAGCGGGAUUUCAUUUCUUGGGCUUCUUCCCCCUCCGCUUGGUCGCCGGAGCAGGACGGGACCUGACCAGCAAUAACCUGGGGGUGCAGGAUGUGCCCCCCCCACCCCCUUGGACCCCCAGGGGCUCUCGGGGUGCCAGCGGGCGAGGGGGGCCACGUCCCCCGCUGUCCC